GCUCGAAGCGGGAGGAGUAGAGCGCCUACUACGACUCUGAGCUGGGCUUGCUUAGUUGUUCGUCCUAAGCUUCAAAAGGAAGAGGGCCUGUCCCUGACCGAGAAGCCAGCACCAUGAGCGGGGGAGCGCCCUACAUCGGGAGCAAGAUCAGCCUUAUUUCUAAGGCCGAGAUCCGCUAUGAAGGGAUCUUGUACACUAUCGACACCGAGAACUCCACUGUGGCGCUGGCCAAGGUUCGCUCCUUUGGUACAGAAGAUAGACCAACUGAUAGACCUAUACCACCUCGUGAUGAAGUCUUUGAGUAUAUUAUAUUCCGUGGCAGUGACAUUAAAGACCUGACUGUCUGUGAGCCACCAAAGCCUCAGUGUUCUUUGCCACAGGACCCUGCUAUUGUUCAGUCUUCAUUAGGAUCUUCAACUGCAUCUUCAUUCCAGAAUGUGGGGUCCUAUGGUCCUUUUGGCAGAAUGCCUGCAUACAGUCAGUUUAGUCCAAGCCCGCUGGUGGGGCAGCAGUUCAGUGCUGUUGGAGUUGCAGGAGAUUCUUUAACAUCUUUUGGAACAGACUCUUCAGCCAGCACUAGCAUGUCCCAAAGCACUGCAGUUGGUUCUGCAUUUACAACAGAUGCAAGAUCACUAAAAACACAGAUGUCUCAAGGUUGUUCAAGCCCUCAGGUAGAUAAUUUGAGAAGGAGCCCCACCAUGGAACAAGCAGUACAAACAGCUUCAGCCCACCUGCCUACUCCAGCGCCAGUUGGGAGGAGGAGUCCUGUACCAGCCAGACCUUUGGUGUCUGCUAGCCAAAAAUCAUUAGAGAAUCAGGAGCACAGACGAGUUCCAGGUGGACCUGCAGCACGGAGAGGUCGUGGAGGUCACAGAGGGGGUCGAGGAAGAUUUGGUAUUAGGAGGGAUGGUUUAAUGAAGUUUGAGAAGGACUUUGACUUUGAAAGUGCAAAUGCACAAUUCAACAAGGAGGAAAUUGAUAGAGAAUUUCAUAAUAAACUUAAAUUAAAAGAAGAUAAACUUGAGAAACCAGAGAAGCCUGUAAAUGGAGAAGACAAAGGUGACUCAGGUGUUAAUAACCAAAAUAGUGAAGGGAAUGUGGAUGAGGAAGAUCCACUUGGCCCCAACUGCUACUAUGACAAAACCAAAUCCUUCUUUGAUAACAUCUCCUGUGAUGACAAUAGAGAACGGCGACCCACCUGGGCUGAGGAAAGAAGGCUAAAUGCAGAGACCUUUGGGAUACCACUGCGUCCCAAUCGUGGCCGUGGAGGGUACAGAAGCAGAGGGGGGAUUGGCUUCCGAGGUGGAAGAGGGCGAGGAGGUGGAAGAGGUGGCUUCACUGUCCCCCGAGGAUUCCGUGGUGGAUUCAGAGGAGGUCGUGGAGGCAGGGAAUUUGCUGACUUUGAAUAUAGGAAAGACAACAAAGUUGCUGCAUAGUCUACAGGAAAGCUGAAACUGGGUGAACGUCUAGAUCUUCUUGAUCCGGAGAAUUAGCUUCAAUCUCUGCAAAGAAUGAAGUUAACUUGCUGUAUACUUGUCACCAGCACUGGGAUUUAACUAUUGAAUUUCAAAGGGGUGUAAUGCAGUUACUUUUGAAAAAUGGCCAUCUUUGAAAACAGUGAGCAUUAAAUAUAUUUGAGACAGAAGGAUGAGCAAUUUCUUAUGUGUGUAGUUAAUUAUAAAGCAGUACUUUGAUGGGGUUUAUUUUUUCAUCCCCAAAAGGAUUUUUCUUAUUACUAAACUCUAUCUGAAGCAAUUAUCAAGCUGUAAGGACAAUUGUAUGCAGAAGGCCGUCGAUACUGUGAGUGUUUUGACCAACUGAAGGUUAUUUUUUGGAAAUCCUGUAAUAUCCCUUUUGAGAUAGUUGUACUUUUAUCAACUAGGGUGCUGGACA